UUAUUUUUCUCGGCAGACCGUACUCCAGGUACUCAGCAGCUUCGACAGCCAAAUCGUUCAUUUUUCUUGACCCUGGAUAUUUCCUUUCGACACAAUUUACAUCAUUUUCAUAAUUUGCCGGUACAUCUCACCGGAAACCAAGAGCGAGCAGAUUCCGUAGUUACGGCCCCCGAAAACGCCUAAUCCCGAGCCCUGAAAGCAGCCCUGCAGCCCGCCCACGUUCAGCAUUCCUGAUAACGUCAGCCUCCGCGUCGCAUCCCGCCUGGUCCCGUCUGACUUGUGGGAGAGACAAGUUCAGAGCACGAACGUACGUCAGAUCACGAACAAAUACUGCGUUACGGGCUCUUUCAUUAUCCCGGCCCUGGCCGCUACAAGGCCUGGGACACGCAGGUUUAUCUGCAUUCAUUUCUUGGAAACCGCCUUUUGUUGAAUAUAAUCGCCUGUCAUGGCACCUUCCAAGUCGGCGCCCGGAGCGCUGUCGAUUCACAUGAGCACGACGACUUUGAGAGUUGAAGGCAUGACUUGCGGAGCAUGCACUUCCGCGGUGGAGAGCGCAUUUUCAGGAGUUGAGGGAGUAGGGAACGUGUCCGUAUCAUUGGUCAUGGAGCGCGCAGUGGUCUCACACAACGCUGAGACGAUAAGCGCCGACACAAUACGAGAAAUGAUCGACGACCGCGGAUUCGAUGCCGAAGUCAUCGCCACCGACGGCCCUGAGAUGCAGUCACAAUCGAACGAGGAUGAUGCGCUAUUACAGGAGAUGGACGAUGUAUUGAUCGGAGGCAACCUUGCUACAACCACGAUUAAGGUCGGUGGUAUGACAUGUGGAGCAUGUACGUCAGCCGUUGAAGGAGGGUUCAAGGACGCUCCUGGAAUCAGGAGUUUCAGCCUGUCAUUGCUCGCUGAGCGCGCGGUCAUUGAGCAUGACCCCACGAUCAUCACGGCGGAGCAGAUGGCGGAGAUGAUCGAGAAUACUGGAUUCGACGCGGAAAUUCUGGAAACCAAGACCACCGACGUCGGGCGACCUGGACUGCCGAAACAGACUCAAUUAUCAAGCAAGAAGAUUAUGACAACCACCAUCGCUAUCGAAGGAAUGACCUGUGGAGCAUGCACGUCCGCAGUCGAAGGCGGCUUCCACGACGUGCCUGGCAUGGUCCAAUUCAAUAUCAGUCUGCUUGCGGAGCGCGCCGUGCUUCUCCACGACCCAGAAGUCCUCCCGGCCGCAAAACUAGUCGAGAUCAUUGAAGACCGAGGAUUUGAUGCCUCGAUAACAUCGAGUGUGGAGGAGGGCGUGCAGACCUCUAGCUCUGGAGCGGCCAUUCAGCUGAAGAUCUACGGUCUUCCGAGUCCCGAAUCUGCCGCGGACCUGCAAGCCAGUCUGCGAAACUUCCCUGGUGUCCUUUCCGCGAACGUCAACUUCGCGACCACACGCGCAUCAAUCACUAACAUUCCGGCGCAAACUGGAUUGAGGGCACUGGUCGAAUUCAUCGAGAAUGCCGGUUAUAAUGCGCUUGUGGCAGAAUCGGACGAUAACAACGCUCAGCUCGAGUCUCUGGCCAAGACGAAAGAGAUCCAGGGCUGGUGGCGAGCAUUCCGCAUCUCCGUCUCCUUCGCUGUUCCAGUUUUCCUCAUAAGCAUGUUAUUCCCCAUGUGCUUCAAGUCUCUCGACUUUGGCAGCAUUCCACUACCGAUCAUUCCUGGUCUAUGGCUCGGCGAUAUUGCUUGCUUGAUCCUGACGAUUCCAGUGCAAUUUGGUAUAGGACACCGUUUCUACGUUUCUGCCUUCAAGUCUAUCCGACAUGGUUCGCCGACCAUGGACGUUCUCGUCGUCUUGGGAACCUCAGCUGCAUUUUUCUUUAGCUGCGCUGCCAUGCUUGUGUCAAUUUUUAUCCCGCCUCAUUCUCGACCCUCCACGACCUUUGAUACCAGUACCAUGUUGAUUUCUUUCAUCUUGCUCGGUCGAUUCCUUGAGAACCGUGCCAAGGGACAAACGUCCAAAGCUCUGUCUCGAUUAAUGAGUCUCGCACCACCCAUGGCAACCAUCUAUGUGGAUCCUAUUGCAGCUGCGAAAGCGGCAGAGAACUGGAGUGAGAAGGGCACCUUCGACGGAACAAAGUCACAGUCCCAGGUCUCGGAGAAAGAAAAUACAACUACGUCAUCAGCAGUUGAGGAGAGAACCAUUCCUACUGAAUUGAUCGAAGUCGGCGACAUUGUUAUUCUUCGUCCUGGUGACAAGAUUCCAGCCGAUGGGAUCGUCACUCGUGGUGAAAGCUACGUGAACGAAAGCAUGGUCACUGGUGAGGCAAUGCCGGUCAACAAGAAAUCCGGCUCCGCGUUGAUGGCCGGCACGGUCAACAAUGCCGGCCGUCUGGACUUCAAGGUCACUAAAGCUGGCCGCGAUACUCAACUCAGCCAGAUCGUGCGCCUUGUUCAGGAGGCGCAGACGAGCCGCGCCCCAAUCCAGCGCAUGGCCGACACUGUAGCCGGAUAUUUCGUCCCUAUCAUCAUCACUUUAGGGCUUUCUACCUUCUUUGCCUGGAUGGUCUUGAGCCAUAUAAUGCCCGAUCCGCCUUCAAUAUUCCUCAAAGAGGCCAGUGGAGGACGUCUCAUGGUCUGCGUCAAGCUCUGCAUCGCCGUUGUCGUCUUCGCGUGUCCCUGUGCACUCGGCCUGGCGACCCCGACCGCUGUCAUGGUUGGUACUGGUGUCGGUGCCGAACAAGGCAUUCUGGUCAAGGGUGGCGCUGCUCUGGAGACUGCUACGAAGGUGAAACAUGUCGUUCUUGAUAAGACCGGUACCAUUACUAUGGGCAAGAUGAGCGUGUCGCAAUUCGAGCUAGCUGAAGCCUGGAAGUCCCACCCACGGCGCGUGCAGCUCUGGUGGAAUUUGGUUGGUCUCGCUGAGACCAGCAGUGAACAUCCAAUUGCAAAGGCAAUCAUCGCCAGUGCGAAAGAAAAGCUCGGUCUGAGCGCCGACGUGCAAAUUGAGGGCAACACUGGCGAAUUCGAGGCUACUGUCGGAAAGGGUAUCAGUGUCUCCAUUGAGCCAGGUCCAUCAUUUGACCGCCAGCGCUAUCACGUCUUGGUCGGCAACGGCCCGUUCAUGAAGAGUCGAGGAAUCACUGUGCCAUCAUCUCCCGAGAACGUAGACGAAGCCCUCGUGCAAGAAUCUGCUUCAAACGCUUCCGCUUCCACCAAGUCUGGCCAGACAGCAGGCAUUACCCAGAUUUAUGUUGCCAUUGACAACAGCUAUGCUGGAUCUAUUGGCCUGUCAGACACACUGAAACCAUCUGCCCGCGCAGCGAUCCAAGCCCUGCACCAGAUGGGCAUUCAGACAUACCUUGUGACUGGUGACCAAGCAGCCACAGCCCACCAUGUCGCUGGCCUCGUCGGAAUCGCACCACAGAAUGUGUUCGCCAGCGUGCUCCCUGAAGGCAAAAAGGCUAUCGUCGAGGAUCUCCAGAGCCGCGGCUUUGUCGUCGCCAUGGUUGGUGACGGCAUCAACGAUUCACCCGCGCUCGCCACUGCCGACGUUGGCAUCAGUCUCGCGAGCGGCACUGACGUUGCCGUCGAUGCUGCCGACAUCGUCCUCAUGAAGCCAAACCAGCUCCUGGACAUCCCUGCUUCCCUACACCUCAGCCGCGCCAUCUUCCGACGCAUCAAGCUCAACCUCUUGCUCUCUUGCGUUUACAACGCCGUCGGCCUGCCCAUCGCCAUGGGUUUCUUCCUACCCUGGGGUAUCACCCUGCCGCCUCUGGCAGCAGGUGCCGCGAUGGCUUGUUCGAGCGUGACUGUGGUCGUCAGUUCAUUACUGUUGAAAUUCUGGCACCGACCCGGAUGGAUGGUCGAGGGUGCAAUCGAGGACAUUAGCACAUCAACACAGUUCGGCGGUAGCGGUUUGAACAAUAUCUUCCGGAGACUACGCGGCGCACUCUCUGGACCACUCGCACGGCGAAAGCAGGACGAAUACCAAAGGGGUGCUUAUGUGCCCCUGGACAGGUACGAUGCUGUUUGAUGGGAAGUGGCGACAGUGGGCAUACAUCGUGCACUUUUUGACGACAUCGGUGCGCAUGCACUUGUCGUUUGACAUUCUUCACAUCUUGUGUAAAACAAUAUACUUUGCUGGCGUUGAAGCGGAAUACCCUAGUCUUGAGUAGAGACGCACAGGAGAGGUGGCCGCUCAGUCUGGCGCUUUUUUGAAUAUACAUUUGACGAAUACAAAACUUCUCUUUUAACACGUUACACU